AUGGAAGUUGCAAAUGUUGUAUUUGAAAAUUUCAGUAAGACAUCAAACAUGGAUCAAAAAAUCCAAUUAAGAAUUCAACUCAUGCAGCUUCUACAACGUAUAAAGCUAACCAAUAAUGCACCUCCAUAUUUUCAACCACCUAGUCCAAUUUUUGACCGGAAUUCUGGUGUACCGAUAUCUAUAUUACAUCAUAAUUACAACUUAUCUAUGCCUGUAUACCCGUCUACAAUACAACACACUCCGAUGUACAAUAAUGACGAAUUGUCACGAACAAGUGUAGCUCGCACAAUUUCACCAUUAUCCUCACACAGUUCCGCUACUGGAUAUUUUAGUCAGUUUUCUCCAGAACAACAAAAUACGUCUACAAAUAAUAUGUAA